AUGAGUGAUGGGGGUCCUUCGCGCAUUGAGAGCGUCCCAAAGACAGAGCUCUGCGAAACUCAUUUCUCUCUCUCAAGUAACCGUUUGAUCACCCAUCCUAAUGCCAGCAAACUGCCCUUAAAGGAUUCUUUCACUUAUGAUGACUACAGAUGGGCGGUUUCCUCUGUUAUGACACGGCAGAACCAGAUUCCAACAGAAGAUGGUUCCAGAGUUACAUUGGCUCUAAUACCUUUGUGGGACAUGUGUAAUCAUACUAAUGGACUGAUCACUACAGGCUACAAUUUAGAAGAUGACCGGUGUGAAUGUGUAGCACUUCAAGAUUUCAAGGCUGGAGAACAGAUUUACAUUUUUUAUGGCACUCGGUCAAACGCUGAAUUUGUGAUCCACAGUGGUUUUUUCUUUGAUAAUAAUUCACAUGACAGAGUGAAAAUAAAGCUUGGCGUGAGUAAAAGUGACAGGCUGUAUGCUAUGAAGGCAGAGGUCUUAGCUCGUGCUGGUAUCCCAACUUCUAGUGUUUUUGCCUUGCACUCCACUGAGCCUCCAAUCUCUGCCCAGCUUUUGGCUUUCCUUCGAGUGUUUUGUAUGAGUGAAGAAGAGCUGAAGGAACACUUGAUAGGCGAGCAUGCCAUUGACAAAAUCUUCACUCUGGGGAACUCUGAGUUUCCCAUUAGCUGGGACAAUGAAGUUAAGCUUUGGACAUUCCUAGAAGCCAGAGCAUCCCUUCUUUUGAAAACCUAUAAAACAACUGUAGAG